UGCAUCGCAGCAGAGCCCCGCGUCGUUGUAGACAGAAGAGUGACUGUGACUCACGUUCCGAAGUGUUUGUUCCGAAGCUUCCUAACAAGCGCGAAAUCCGCGACGUGUGCGUCGCGUUUGAUAACGAACGCGCCGCGAGUAGAUGCAGUUGUUCGAGCGCGCGUGCACCCGGCAAAAGAAGAAGUCACGCGCAAUUAGAUCCAAAUUGCGGCCGAUUAGUGAAGUAGAGUGUGCGCGUGUGUACGUGGGUGUUGUUGUGUGCGCGUUUAAAUGCAAACAGCCAGUAAGAGAUGCAGUGCAAUGAAAAUGACCGACAAAUGAGUAGUGAGUGAGAGUUUCGAGACAAGUAAUCUCAACAAAAGCAACCAUCUGUGAUAAAACAGCAAACUAAAGUGAGCGAAAAGCAGUGAUGAAGUAAGAUUUCAAAGUCCCCGUGAGUGUGUGUUGUGUUCAGCAAAGUGCAAACUCAAUUUAUUGUAAUUACGCUCAGCACCAUUGCGCAGCAGUUUCUUGGGCUUCCGCAACUACCAGCUGACGCUAUGAUAUCAGUGAAACGUUGCCCAGCCACCAGUCUUAGUGCCAGCCAUAAUCAUCAUCAUAAUCAUCACCAAAACCAACAACAUUCGCACCAUAAUCCGCACAGUCAUAGCCAUAGGAUUCCACCGGUGCAAAUUCGCAGCAGUAGCGCAGGCCGUGCUGCCAGUAAUAGUUGCAACAGUGGAUCAAACAGUAAACGUUUCGGCCGUAGUCGGAACAAUAGUUUGUACGUGAACGGGACCGGUAUCACCGGGUAUUGCUCGUCCGGAGAGUCCACUGGUGGCGGUGAUUCGGGUAACAGUUACUCGAUCAUUACCAACGGUGGCAGUUUGUAUUACAAUGGUAGCAGCAGCCAUCACAGUGUGCUAGGGGUGAAAACGCGUGCCGGUGGUGAUAUUUUCGAAUUUGACAGCUUGUUCCUAGUGCCGAAAUGUGCCCUCACCUAUGACAAGGCUAUGAGCCUGCGGAAGGAUCUGGCGGCGUACGAUUUCAACAUCAGAAUCCUGGAGGACACCCCCAAGGGGAACGUUUGGAUAUCUGGAAACAGGGAUGCAUCCGUACAAAAACAGUCAAGACCAGCGUCCGCCAAUAAAGACCAUCAUCCCCAUUCUGUAAACCAUACUCUGCACUGGUUCGCGUGCGUUGGUGAGGAUAGUAACGGCUUCAGUAACGAAGAAGAACUGCAAAAGGAACGCGAAGAGCGAAUAAAGCAGAUCAAGGAACGCCAGAAUGAGGAACGACAACGGAAGCUGGAGGAGCUGAAGGCACAAGCCCUGGCGGCGCAGAAAUUCCGCGAACAGAAGGAGGAGGAACGACGCCGCCGGAUGGACGACCUGAGGCGGCGCGAGAACGACCGGCGCUCACAGGUCGAGGAGCGGCGGCGCGCGAUACAGGAGGCGGACAACGAGCGGCGACAGUACAUACUGCAGAAGAACCAGGAGCGGGACCAGCGCAUGGAGACGAAGCGACGAAACGAGCGCAGCUCGAUCCAGUUCGCCUUCGGUUCGUCCACCCCGCGGAUGAUCGACACCAGUGACAGUGGCAUGUGCAGCUCGCUAUGGGCGCAUCGAAGAGCCACUUCCAUCACGAAUGUAGCCUAUACGGGGGCACCGCUGACGCGUCGCAGCUCCGAACGAGAGCUGACCGACGGAAGCUCGAAGAAGCGCGCUACCUCCGCUAGUGGUUUAGACCGAUCGACCGACGAAGUGAGACGAAUGUCCAGCUCGAUGUACGAAGUGUUCAACUGGGCCAGCACCAGCGAGUGUCCCAAGAAGUUGACCCUUUCGCUGGCCGGCUCCGGUAUCAACAUUGACGAGCCGCCGUCCAGGGCAGAGGGAGUGGCCGCCAAGAGCCAAGCACGAAAGGACGAUUCGGUUGACAUCAGCUACCAGCGUACCGUAAAUCGUCGCAAAACUGAUCUUAUGCCCACCAUUCCUAGUCCUCGCGAUAGCUCUAGAUCAUCUCUUGGCACUCACACUCCCAGAACACCAGGUCGAGCUUUCUCGAUGACGCGUCUGGAUCAGCUGGCUCAGCCACGGCGCCGCAACGGCGAACAUAUCAGUGCGAUUGUCGAACGCGAGCGCCGCCAAAUGCUCGAGCUGGAGAAUAUGGCCCGGCUGUCGCUGUCGUCGUCCCGUUCGUCCCCGACGGCAGACGGAUCCCCGGGUAAGCGUAUGUCCCGCAGUAUGUGCCAGUUGGCGAGCGCGGGGAGCACUGCGAAGCACCUACGCAACCAAUCGCAGGACUCCCAUCAUUCGGGAGCGGCCCACACUGGCCGCAAAUCGUCGUUCAAUUCUUCGCUCGGUGACGCCACUCUUAGGAGCCACUCGGCGGACACAUCCAAGAGCAUGUCACAGCUGAAUACAGCCGGUCGCACCUCACGACUCACCAAGACCGAACGUCUUCGUCAGCAGGUCCGAGAGCAGCUGAACGGCAACCAGACUCUGGCCGCAACAGGUGCGACAGUACAUAGCCAACCAAGUCUCCCAAUCAGUCGUCUGCGUUCAGGUGAAAUUACGCCAAACAGUAUGACCGCGUCUCGUCCGGGCAGUGCAAUGUCCAGCUCAACGACCGCCUCCGGUGUCGUGUAUCGACGGUCACUGCCGGCAUCCGUCGCCCACCAGCGUAAGCCCCGACCAGCUUCGAUCGCCGUAACGGGAGUUUCGGCGGGCCUGAAAGAAGAGAAACCCCCAAUACCGAAAGCAUCCACAGCCAACAACAGCAGCUCCACCAGCCUGGAGCGUAAGCGUUCUCAGAGUGGCACCAGCACCCCGGUGAAACCGGCCCUCGCUUCGGACAGUGCUAGGAAGCACCAGGCCGAGAAGCAGCGAAUCAGCAGUGCUCGUGGUACCCCGAAAGCAUCAUCGACUCCGCUGCAGUCACCUGGACCUGAAAAAGCCAAUCGCACCCUCCACGAUACACUGCAGCAGCAAAAGCAAAAACAAAAACAACAACCAAUGUCCGAGGAGCAGCUGCUACAGCAGCAACAGCAACGACAGCUGUUGUUCAAGGAGGAUUCCUUGGCCAGUGUCAAGAGCACCGAGCCAGAAGUAUCCGAGCAACAAUACGAACCGCAUGAACAGGAUGAUGGUUCGAUGCAGUCGGAAUCUGUUGCCACCACUGUGGUUGAAAGUUUGGAACAACCUCUCCAAAAAGCUGCAGUGGAAAACAAGCCGCACGAAGUUAGCGCUGAAGUCAGCAAACCACCAAAACAGCAAGAACUAGAGGUCAGUAACCACGAGGAGAAGCGAGAUGAGAUGAAAGAGAAUACCGCAGCUGCCAACAACAACACGCUGGAACCCAAUCAACAGCCGGACGGUUCCAAUGGUGACCUCAUGACUGCGUCGAUGAUUGCGAAACGUAUCACCACGGAGGAACAAGCCAAAGCAGCCCUUGCCGAAAGACGGCGUCUGGCUCGUGAAGAAGCGGAGCGUCAGGCCGAACUCGAGCGUCAACGAAUUGCCGCUGAAGAGGAAGCCGAGCGGCAGCGUCAGAUGGAAGAAGAGGAACGUCUUCGCAUGCUAGAGCUGGAAACCAAUCGCUUGCUGGAGGAGCAGCGUCGUCUCGAGGAGGAACGCCUCCAGCAGGCUAUCCAGGAGGCGGAGAAACGCGAAGAGGAGGAACGCCUGCGUCGCGAAGAGGAAGCUCGCCAGAAGAUCGAGAGGGAGGAAGCCGAGCGGAAGGCCCGCGAGGAAGCCGAACGGCAGCGCAUCGAGAUGGAUGAACGACUUAAGAAAGAGGAGAAGGAACGCGAAGAGCGACGAAAGCGUGUGGAAGCCAUUAUGUCUCGGACGCGAGCAAAAGGAAGUGCUAACAAUACCCCUACGAAGCAAUCCGAAGAAAACAAGGAUAACGCCAUGAGCAAGAGUCACAUUGUCACAUCAAACACCCCGAUGGCAAUUGUGGAGCCAACAAUGUCUAUGACUGAAUCGAUGCUGGGCGGAUCAUUAGAUCUGCCACAGCAGGCGAUGCAGACGAUCACCGAAGGUGCACCAUCCCAGGGGGAACCAUCCGUUACAUCCGUUACGGAACCAGUUGAGACGCUUGCUCAAGAAAUCCAGUCAUUAUCGAUCGUAGAUCAGCAACAAAGCCAACAGAAUAACAACAACGACAGCAGCAUCAACAAUAACCAUAACAGUAACGACAAGAGCAACAGCGGUAGCGCCACCUCCGCCGACAGCGCCAGUUUCGAGCGCUCGGUAACCGAGAAAGAAAAUCUCCUGCUGGGUAGCUUUAACAAAAAUCUGAACGCCAGCAACGGCGGAGGCAGUGAUAACAGUAGCAGCACCAGCAACAGCAGUGGCAGCCAACAACUCUUGACGCUCGAGUCCAGCCCAGCUACCACAAACGGUAAAGCGGCAUCCGGUGGACCAACAAUCGCCGAGACGACGGAGCUGAUCAUUGAGGACGCGAUCAAGAGUGGUCAAACCAACGGCCAUAAGAACGGCAGCAUUGAUAACGUGUUUACACAAAAUCCACCGGUUGUUGACGGUACCACAAAAUUAUUAGCGCACUUAACAGAUAAUAACAGCCAUGUUGCAGAUUUUGUUGCGCUUACGUCAACAGUCGACGUCGAUGGCAGCGAAAAUCUGUUGGAUGUGUCAUCAUCCACCCACGCGACGACGACCUCGACGGCCAGCAGCGGACCCGUGGUCGGCCAGUUGAUCGAUUUCAGUAGUUUCCAAACGUUAACCACCGACGAAAUUCAGCAGCAAAAUGCAGCUACCAUCGUCAAUGCAGAUCCCUUCAACCUUAACAACAAUAACACCAACAGCACUAGUGUUAACUUAGUCGAUAGCAGUAGUAACGGUACCUCAACAACUUCUUUCUCCACCUCCCUGUUCAGCAGCGCAAAUGAUGCAAAUCUGAUCAGUAAUAGCAAUUUCCUAAACAACAAUACCACGCGACUAGUCGCAACAUCCGACAGUCAAGACAACCGAGACUUGUCGCUCUUGUGAACGAAUAGACGUUGAGUCGUCGUCCCCUCCAAUGCAACUACUCGGACAGCUGGACAAACGAGGAGUCGAUGCGUUCUGCUAGGGAAACUACUAAAUACUAUUAGGAAGGCACACACAAACACUCUAGAAGAAGGUCGCUGUUGCAGUUUUGUGCUUACCAACACCUACAAUACAUACAUACACCAUCAACAAUGUAUUACACACAUACACACUAAAAACUAAUAAUGAUAACUAUAAUCUAUGUCAGGUGAGAGAAGCAAGAGUAAAUAAUAAGGGUGUUUGCGAGGAAUGAAGAAAAAACAAAAGAAUGAAUGAACGCGAACGAGUUCGAUUAUUUGCUUAUAUAUUAUGACUACAUAUAUAAAAAAGAAGAAAACCCCUAGGUUAUAUAUAUAUACGCAUAGAUGAGAAAGUGUGGACAGAGAGAUAGGAGCGCAUACCAGGCGUUAUUCAAAUAAGGAGAUUGUGUCGGUUUCCCUCGAAACCUCGAAAUUAUCGAAAUUAUGGAGACUCUAUGCUGUAUGUUACAUUAUAGCUAGUUUGUUUUUCUGUUUUAUAUCAAAACAUUGACAAUUUGGUGGCGGCUCAGCCAAGCACUCGUUAUCUGUUUGCCUGAUAGGAAGAGAGAUCAAGAGGUGUGUGUGUGUGAUAUAUGUGAUUUGAGGAUGAGCCGUUAAUACCAGAAUCAUGGAUUGCAGUUUUUUUUUUGUUUUGUUUUUUUUUCAAUGAGAAAUUUUUGUUCUUCUGUUGGUGUCACACACACACACAUACACGUGUAUUAGGAUUCGAGUUCUAAUGUGAAGUAUUUCGAAAAUCAACAUGAAGGUAGUUUUUGUGAGAAUCAUUCGAUUUAUACGAAAAAGUUUUUUGUUUGAAGUUUGAAACCCAUUUUGGGUGAAUAUCCUAUUCGAUUUUUAUCAAAAUUUAUCUAAUAGUGACUUUCUCGUUGAUGUAUCUUCAUGUAGAUCCAAGUUGUUAAACCUGGUUGAACAUUAGAUUUGAGUGUGAGAGAAGAAGAUUCUUUCGAGGAAAAAUCGCAAACUUCCCUGUGAAAAAAUGUCAAGUGCAUAAGAUAAAUUGUUUUAUUCGCAAUAAUCUUUCAUUUUCAACAAAUUGAUGAUUUCAUCUGGGAAAGUCUAGAGGUCAUCGCUUCUUCCUGGGACAUUGAAUCCCCUCGCUCCAAACAAGAUUGAGUUUGUUGACGGCGUGCAAUAAAUUGGGCAUCGAAAUCACUUCUCACCUUCAAAGCAAGAACCACAAUUCUGAGCACAAUCCACUUUUUUGAUACGGUAAUGCCUUCGACGUCGGCAGGUGCUAUUUCGUGGAAGAAAGAAAGGGUGAUUCACAGAAAAAAGUCAGUAGUGUAAAAAUAAGUAAAACAACGCGUAGAACUAAGACAUCAACUGCUGUAAACUGGUGAAAUUUUACGAGACAACCCGUUAUCGAUUCUAAACAUUAUCAUCCGAAAUGACCGAAUGCUGGAAAAGAGAAUACGAGGAAAGUGAGUAAAAAACUAAUAAGAAGGAUUGAAAUUAAAGCAAAGUAAUAUAUUAUUCUAUAUAUUAUAUCAAUGUUGAUAAAUGAAAAUCAAACAAAAAAAAACAAUCGAUUGACUAUUAUUAUAAUUAUUGAAUUAUUACAAUGACAAGCUCCAAUUAGCUCUGAAUGUAAUUCUGGGGUAAAUCAAAUAAGCUCCGGGAGAAAUAAAAAAUAAAAAACACAUUUACCAGACAAAACAAUAAAUAAUAAAAGCAAAGGAGAAUAAAUUUAGUUUGACUAAUUUCGCAAGAAGCAAAAACGUUCAGUGCAUUGUCGCUAUGACUUUAAAACAAGAGAAAAUAGAAACAAUUAAAUGAGGAAACCUAGUAUUCUAAUAUGUUAAAAACUAUGUAUGUAGAGAAGCAAAACAAAAACAACAACAAAAAACCCAUUCAACAAAUGUUAUUUAAAAGUGAUGAAAAUGCACAUUGAGAGCACUAAUCCCCAAAACAUACACACAGACACACUUGGGCAUAAAUGAAACGGAACGAAUGGAUGUGUUUGUAGAGAAAUCAUUUUAGAUCAGCAAAAUUCGAACCGCUAAUUGAUGAUGGGAAACCGUACGCGCGAGAGUCGUGAUUUAAAUUAUUUAUCCGUCCCCAUUCUUUCCGGGACCGGCUUGUUCUAUGCAAGAACACGCUUGCAUACAAUUUGUUACUGUGACCAAGUGGCUGCGUACUUUGGUUGGUUGAACGAACUUUUCGUCAAUUUCCUUUCUUAACGAGACGAUUUAAUUCGCUAUCAUUCUACUUUAUUCCGCGCGGCGAAUGAGGUGAGAUGGCUCAAGUUACUGCAUUCCCGUAGGCGAAUGGCAUGACUAUAGUUUGUCACUGGGUGAGAUUUGAAGUCGUGUCCUCAUAUGUUAUCGACUCGGGUAUCAAAAAGAAGUUGAAAAGUGAUGUAGCUUCCACAAUGAAGCGAGGAACUUUGCUAUCUCACGUCACUCACGGCGUAGAAUAAGGGGGAUUAUGAUGAAGCACAUUAGCACAGAAAGAAAAGCUUGUGUAAUAAUCCCAUUCUCAACAUUCUCAAAGAAAGAGCAAAAUCAUAUAAUCAGAUUAAACAAAUAUUUAUUCCAAUACUUUUUGACAAACAGAAAUACAUAUAUGUAAGACAUCAAUCAGAAAAUACAAUAAAAAGUGUGAAGAAAACAAGAACAAAAAAACAAUCCGCGAUAAAAGUCCAUUA